GGGGAGUACUUAGUCCAGCAGUGGACGUCAUUUAGCUGAAACGAACGAACGAUCUCUUCCAAACAACCUAGAGGACAAUUUGCUUAAAAGUUUACUGUUUUUAUUUAAUCUGGGAAACAUAUUUUGCGUCUACUCACAUCCCCUACACUAUCCGUUUUAUUUAAACAGCGAACUCCGAAUCGUUCCUCCGUGCAAAGAGUCGACACGUGGCAGAAACGUGUUCCUCCGUCCCUCAGGCGAUGAUCUGCCAUCACCCUAAUAACUACUCCCAUAGGGCCAAUAUCCCUCAGCAAAUCGCACAAUAAAAUACCGCGUAAUAACUAAUAACUCAGCUAUUUGCUCUCGUGCCCUUUAUUUGUAAUUUUUGAGUCAAUAGAUACAACACGCUACUACUCGUACCAAGAUUGCAUUUUGUUGAAAGGGAUUAAAAGUAAUAAAUGCCAAUCGCUGGUGUCAAGUAGAGGCAAUCAGUAAAUCAAAUUCAUCCUUGUGAAUAAUUAAAUUAUUGCUUCUGUAAUGAGGGCAGUAAGUACUGUGCCUUUGUACAGUCGCAAAAACCAAUUGAUGUAGCCUGAAGGACACCGUAAAGAAUAUUUUCAAUUCAUUCAUGCUUUGUGAAUAGAAAAAAACUAAAGCUUUAAGAAAAAAUACUAAAAAGCAAAAUAGAAUAAUACCAUAAUGUGCCUUUUUGACUCUGACUGUACGGUUUUGCAGCUACAACUGGCUUAGUCAAGCGAAGUGUGAACAGUUUUACCGAAGGAAGAAUUAAAUGUUAUCUUCUAUAGGUAAUUUAUUUAUUUCAACCAAUUCCAAACUCUCUCUAUUUAAUUUAUAAGUUACGCGUUGCUUAGAACCUUCUUGUGAUCUGCAUUAUUUGAAUGACGACUAAAGGACAUAAAAAACUAUAUUCGUCUCCAGCUGACGUCGAAACAAAAUAGUGAAACGUCAGACUUUAAAAGCAUCUGACGUUUCAUCAAAAAUGAAAAUUUAAAAUGUUUUAUUUGUAAUAAAAUUCACAAAAAACCUAUUAAAAAAAUGGUAAUACCCUAGUAAACUAAGCAUACUUAUCUUUAUCUGGAAGCAGAUACACUAUUGGUGCAAAAUGGCAAGUUGUUGUACAUGUUCCGGUGGAUCCAGCGGCGCACAGUCGAGCUUGCCCCUGAUAUGUCUCGUGCCGCGCGACGCGGCGGCCGCGGGCAAGGCCGGGCCCGGGCCCGCGGGCAAACCGCGCCCGAUCUCCGCGGGGACGGCCCAAAGCGACUUCCAGCUGCUCGACGAGGCUUACAUCAAGAAGCACUUCAAGCUGCCGCAGCGCUCGCUGUACUUGGACCCAUUCAGACGCCCCCUCAUCACGUUCCCCAUGACACAAGAAGACGUGAAGCACUUCAACUUGGCCCGAAAGUACAAGAUCAACCAGCAGAUACUGGACGGUUUCUUGGACCCGAGCGAGGCGAUAUCUGCUCCUAGCGUCUUUCCGUAUGCAAAGACAGAAGCAGAAAAACGAAAAGAAGCAGAUGACGAUGAAGAAAUCAUUUACAUUCUACAGCUUCCAGACUGGGAGUUCCAGUGUCCAGUGCACAAUCAAACUAUCAGAACUCCAAGAUUUAUAUGGCAUUCGUGCAAGAAAGACAAAAAAGGAAAGAAGGGAGAGUUGAAGCAAGGUGGAGGACCAUUGAACAAGCCAAAGCCCUGGCUCCUCAGCAGGCAUACAGACUUCGACUUGCUAUCACAGUGGUAGUGUGCAAUUAAAAUGUUUCGGUUCAAAUCAGAUGAUAAGCAUUAUAGCGUCCAUAGUGAAAAAUAAAUAUCAUGAAUCCUAACUUCUUUGUAGUAUUAUUUUAAAAGGCUUUAUUUAGAUAGGGUCCUCGCAGUUCAUGAGUAGGUUUAAUAAAAAAUGGAUAAGCUUGAGUUUGAUUACAUACCUAUACUC